UCUUUAAUUUGUAGUUGUAUAUAUUAAAUCGUCUUAACACUAAACUUAUACCUAAAAUCCACAAUAAUUUUCGAAGCAGAACUGGACCAUACAAUAAAGCCCAAAAUAGGCUCAACUGGCCACAGUUCUAGCCUAGGCCUGUCUAGAUUUGCUCAAUUAUGGGUAACCGAGAAUGUACCCCGGCCCAAAAUAUCCGCCACGUGUCUUACGCAAGUAAAUCCGGCGAAUUUUUUAGUAGAAAAUAAGAAAAAAAAGAAAGCAACGAAAACAAAACUCAUCAGAAAAGGGAACAAAACAGAAAUCCAGAAAAGAAAAGGAGAAAAGGGGAAAAAAAGAAACAAGAAGACUUCCGGUCCGGACUUCACCGCCCCGGAAGUUUCAAUGCUGCGUGGCGAAUAGAUUUUCCCACGGAAAUCCGACGGCGACCCAUUCUUGAGCUCUACAGUUGAUUGCUGAAAGUUCCUUCCUUUUCUCUAUUGUCAGCUUCCCCUUUUCGAUUCUUCCGGAGCUCGAUUGCGGUGGAGGAAAAGGAAAUGUUUCAGCAGAAAUCUGGAGGAGGGGGCGGGGGGUCAAUAAUGGCGCUGAACGUGUUCAAGUUCUGCACUUUCCUGCGCGCCCUUGGUUCCAUAAUGAUCUUCUUCGUGGUGGGCGUCAUCGGGUUGACCUAUUAUGUUAUCGUCGUUGAGAAUUACGGCCCAGCUCUGUUCAACGGCGGGCUCGAUUCGUUUGUUGCUUUCCUCGUCCUGCUUUUCUUCCAUGCUUUCUUGGUGAUGCUUGUUUGGAGCUACUUUACCACUAUUCUGACGGAUCCUGGUGGCGUCCCACAAACUUGGAGGCCAAUAACAGAUGAGGAGGAGGGUGGUGUUGUAGAUCCAUUGGUGGGUACAGAUCAAAGUACGGCUGGUUUAGUUCUAAACAAGGAUCAAAUGCAGAAAGCACGAUUCUGUCGAAAGUGCAACCAGUUCAAACCGCCUCGUAGCCACCACUGCUCGGUUUGCCGAAGAUGCAUAUUGAAGAUGGAUCACCACUGCGUUUGGGUCGUUAAUUGUGUCGGCGCACUAAACUACAAGUAUUUCCUUCUCUUUCUGUUCUACACAUUUCUUGAAACAGCUCUGGUCACUGUAUCGUUGCUGCGGCUGUUCAUAGCAUUUUUUGGGGACGGUGAAAUAGAUGGAACUGCAGGGGAUCUCGUGGCUACGUUUAUUGCAUUUGUGUUAAAUUUGUCAUUUGCAUUGAGUCUUCUGGGCUUCGUUAUUCUGCACAUAUCGUUGGUGUUAGCAAAUACCACUACUAUCGAGGCUUAUGAAAAGAAAACUGAUCCCAGAUGGCGUUACGACCUUGGUCGAAUGAGGAACUUUGAACAGGUUCUUUAUCAUCUGUCACCUUUACAUCCUUCAUCCCCUAAUUUGCACCUGGAUACCCCAUGCAUUUUCAAACCUGUCCAUGUUCUUGUCAGUCAACGACAUUCUCAGCAUGGUAUUCGGCACUGACAAGAGAUACUGGCUAAUCCCAGCUUAUGCAGCUGAAGACUUGAAGCAUAUGCCAGCACUGCAUGGAUUGGAGUACCCAAUCAGACCCAACUUGGAUGAGCUUCAGGAGCUCUGAUUACUCAGGGGCUAGAUGACAAAAGUAACAGCUGAAAUUCUGUAACAUGCUUGACAUUAUCCCGGGUCAACCUGAAAACAAAACUGAAGGGGAAGCAGCACCAGCCAGGACCACACCAGCACUGGAACCAGCUCUCCUUGUUGGACAGAUCCCUCUGACGGACUUGUGUGCUGAAGCUCAUGUUGUUUUUGUUAACGUGUGCCACAACCAUGUAAUUUUUGUACAUACUUGAGUGGAAGAAGACCCUGUAACUGUUAACACUCGGUUUUCUCUCCUUAUUAGAGCUAUAGGUCAUGAUUUUAUGAGUAAAGCUUUUAGUCUGAUUGCUCGCGACUGGUGCAAAUGGAUAAACAACAGUUAAUGAGGGGAUCUUGGAUUAGACCAAAAUCCACCCAACUCACUUGCAUCAUAUUCUUCAACAAUCAUGGUAGCAUUUUA